AGGGCACGAGACUUUAUUACAGAUGGUUGUGAGCCACCAUGUGGUUGCUGGGUAUUGAACUCAGGACCUCUGGAAGAGCAGUCAAUGCUCUUCGCUGAGCCAUCUCUCCAGCCCUUGCAACAGAAUUCUCAAUGGUCCAGACAUAGAAGUAACUCAUUGGCUGGUAUCUGGGAAUUGAGUAGACCAAACAGUAUAUCCAUAUGGUUGAUUGCUGUGGUCAGUAAAAAGAAGUGCUGACAGGUGCUGGGAGCUGCAGGGUGAACUUUGCACACAUUAUGUAUGUGGGCGCACUGAAACAGUCUGAGUGGACACGGUGUAAUGCCCUUAUCUAAUAUGUCCAACGAGGCAGAUGAUGACGAUGAUCCAGAAUAUAACUUCCUGGAAGACCUUGAUGAACCAGACACAGAGGACUUCCGUACUGACCGGGCAGUGAGAAUCACUAAAAAAGAAGUAAACGGGCUGAUGGAAGAGCUGUUUGAAACUUUCCAGGAUGAAAUGGGAUUCUCCAAUAUGGAAGAAGAUGGCCCAGAGGAAGAGGAGCGUGUAUCGGAGUCUCGGCCUAACUUCAACACCCCUCAAACCCUACGAAGAAGAAAUGACUCAGCUGCAUCACCCCAAACUCACCCCAUCAUGGGUGACAGCUCGCCAGAUCUGGAAACCUGGACACACUGCAGGCAGCUCAGCAGUUUGGAGGGUCCUUUCCGGGUGGCUCAGUUGAUCUGAACCUCUUCCAGGCUGCUCUGCUUCCAGGUUUCUGCUUCUCCUGGGAUGCUUGGAUGAUCUCUGCUUCGUGUUGGCAGCGUGGCAUAUGUUUGAGGAACCAUUGGCCAACUUGUUAAAUGAACGACAUCGGACGGUGAAAGAGCUGCUUGAACAGCUGAAAAUGAAAAAAUCUUCAUCCAAACCCCAGCCUGAAGUAGAGAAGCUUAAACCUCAGUCGGAGACAGUCGAUCAGACUCUGAUUCUAGACCCAGCACAGAGGAGCCGGCUUCAGCAGCAGAUGCAGCAGCAUGUUCAGCUCUUGACACAAAUCUACCUUCUCACCACCUCCAACCCCAACCUCAGCUCCGAGGCCAGCACCACCAGAGUGUUUCUGAAAGAGCUGGGAACCUUUGCAGAGAACUCCAUCGCCCUUCACCAGCACUUUAACCCCAAGUUUCAGACCUUGUUCCAGCCCUGCAACUGGGUGGGAGCCAUGCAGCUCAUCGAAGACUUCACACAUGUCAGCCUGGACUGCAGUCCUCAUAAAACCGUCAAGAAGACUGCCAGUGAGUUUCCCUGUUUGCCCAAGCAAGUGGCUUGGAUCCUGGCCACAAACAAGGUUUUCAUGUAUCCAGAGCUCCUUCCAAUAUGUUCACUGAAGGCAAAUAAUCCUCGGGAUAAGAUCGUCUUUACCAAGGCUGAGGACAAUCUGCUAGCUUUAGGACUGAAGCACUUCGAAGGCACUGAGUUUCCUAAACCUCUAAUCAGCAAGUACCUUGUAACUUGUAAGACCGCUCACCAGCUGACGGUGAGAAUCAAGAACCUCAACCAGAACAGAGCUCCUAACAACAUGAUUAAAUUUUAUAAGAAGACCAAACAGCUGCCAGUUCUCGUGAGGUGCUGUGAAGAGAUCCAGCCACAUCAGUGGAAACCGCCCAUUGAGAAGGAGGAACACCGGCUCCCAUUCUGGUUAAAGGCCAGUCUGCAGUCCAUUCAGGAUGAACUUCGGAACUUAGCUCAAGGCGCUGUAGAAGGAGCAAAUGUGACCACAGCCACAGAGAGCAGCACAGAUCAGCACUUGGAGAAAGCCGGCCCUGAAUUGGGGAGUGCAACUCAGUACCCACUGCUGAUGCCCAAGGGUGUGGUACUCAAAUUGAAGCCAGGUUCCAAGCGUUUUUCCAGAAAGGCUUGGCGACAGAAGCGGCCAUUGGUCCAGAAGCCCCUCCUCAUCCAACCCAGCCCCUGUGUUCAGCCUGUGUUCAACCCUGGGAAAAUAUCAACCUGGCCAAGUCAAUCAAAAAUCCCUCCAAGCAAUAGGAUGGUCCAGAUUCCUCAUCUGAUGCAGCCAACCACUGUCUUACAGACACUUCCAGGUUUCUCUCCAGUGGGGGUCAGCGGAGAAGAUACUUUUGAGUCUCCUGCAGCACAGCCUGCUGUACCUUCCGGUCCUGAAGCCAGGACCAGCUUCCCCCUGUCUGAGUCUCAGCCACCACUGCCUUCUUGUUCUGCACCCAAGAUAAUGCUACCCUCGCUUGCCCCUUCGAAAUUUCGAAAGCCGUAUGUGAGGCGGAAGCCCACAAGACGAAAAGCGGCCAAGGUUUCUCCUUGUGUGAAACCUGCCCCCAUCAUCCACUCCACACCUGUCAUCUUCACGGUUCCUGCCGCCACAGUGAAGGUUGUCGGCCUAGCCGGUGGCUGUAGCGUUAUCCGGCCCGUCAGUGCAGCCGUGGCCCCAAAUCCGCAGAGCGUCCCUAUCACCACUCUCCUGGUCAACCCCCCCUUCCCCUGCCCGUUAAACCAGCCGCUCGUGGCCUCCUCCCUCUCACCCUUGCUUGUGUCUGGCGGUCCUCUGACUCUCCCUGUGCCGUCUCUUCCUGAAGACAAGGCUAACGUGAACUUGGGUAUUGCUGAUGGAAAAACUGCUCCUCCAAACUCUGACUCCACAUUGAAGCCCCAGGACCUAACCCCCCUCUGUGCUGCUGUCUUCUCCAAAGAGGAGCCUCGGCCAUGGUGUCUUUCAUCCGGUGCAGAAAGCCAGGGCGCGUCUUCUGAAGCGAGUGCCCCUGGCUGGACGGGUGUGAAAAUAGAACAGGUUGGGCAGGCUUUAGAGCCAUUGUCUCCGAGUCUUCAGGAAUCUCUGGACUGUGCACCUGAGGACGUAGAAGCAAUGGUGAAGACAGAAGCCGAGGAGUGUGUGGAGGAAAUCUCCGUUCACUUCCCUGUGGAGACAGUGAAGGAAGAGUGCUCGAUGGAUGCAGACAGUGGCUGCCCUCAGGAGACGCUGAGUAGUGCUCUAGAGAUGAUAAAAGACACAGUCCUGCAGAAGGAGGAGGCUCAAUCCGCUAAAUCCCUUUCUCUGUCUCAAGACCCGCCCGAUGAGGGGCGCACAAGUGGAGUUGGAAGCAAAGGAUUGCCAAAAAGCACUCCGUCCUCCAUGGAGCAGGACAUGAUGCUUAGCAGUCCUCCAGGGAAGCCUGAGGAUUCAGCCAGUGCUGAGGGUCAGUCUGUGGGGAUCCCUGCAGGACGAGACACUGGAGGAGAGAAAGAUGGGCCUGACGAAGAAGAGGAGGAUGACUUUGAUGACCUCACCCAAGAUGAAGAAGAUGAACUGUCAUCAGCUUCUGAGGAGUCUGUGCUGUCUGUCCCAGAGCUCCAGGAAACAAUGGAGAAGCUGACUUGGCUGGCUUCUGAAGGGAGCAUGAGUCAGGAGGGUGAGUCUGAGGAAGAGAACUCCCAGGAGGAGAACUCUGAGCCAGAAGAAGAAGAGGAAGAGGAGGCAGAAGGGUUGGAAGCCUUGCAGAAAGAUGAAGUGAAUGAUGGAGCAGUUGGAGAUGCUGCUGAGAAGCCCCCUUCUACCUUGGCCUCACCCAAGACUGCUCCAGAAGUAGAGACGAGCAUAGCCCCACCAGGAGACAACAUCAAAACUGGUGGAAAAAGCCGAAGCAGUCAUCGAGCUCGGAGCAAACGGGGAAGUCGGGCUCGGGCCAGCAAGGAUACCUCCAAGCUGUUGCUGCUGUAUGAUGAGGACCUUCUUGAUCGGGACCCCCUCAGGGAGCAGAAGGACCUGGCCUUUGCACAGGCCUACCUCACCAGGGUGCGAGAAGCUCUCCAGCAUGUCCCUGGCAAGUAUGAAGAUUUCCUUCAGGUCAUCUAUGAAUUUGAGUCAAGUACCCAGAGGCAGACUGCUGUGGAUCUGUACAAAAGCUUGCAAACCCUGCUCCAAGACUGGCCUCAGCUCUUGAAGGACUUUGCUGCUUUCCUGCUUCCGGAACAAGCCCUGUCCUGUGGACUAUUUGAGGAGCAGCAGGCUUUUGAGAAGAGUCGUAGAUUCCUUCGGCAGCUGGAGAUCUGCUUUGCAGAGAACCCCUCCCAGCACCAGAAGAUUAUCAAGGUCCUGCAAGGCUGUGCAGAUUGCCUUCCUCAGGACACCACUGAGCUUAAGACACAGAUGUGGCAGCUCCUCAAAGGCCAUGACCACCUACAGGAUGAGUUCUCCAUCUUUUUUGAUCAUCUGCGCCCAGCAGCUAGUCGGAUGGGUGACUUUGAAGAGAUCAACUGGACUGAAGAGAAAGAGUAUGAGUUUGAUGGCUUUGAAGAAGUGAUCCUCCCUGAUGUAGAAGAGGAAGAGGAACCUGCUAAGGUGUCCACAGCCUCAAAGAGCAAGAGGAGAAAGGAGAUUGGGGUCCAGAAUCAUGAUAAGGAGACUGACUGGCCUGAAGUGGCCAAGGACGGCUCCUGUUCCUGCCAUGAGGGAGGUCCUGACUCUAAGCUGAAGAAGAGCAAGAGGAGAAAUUGUCAUUGCAGCAGCAAGGUUUGUGACAGCAAAUCUUACAAGAGCAAGGAGCCCCUGGAGUUGGUGGGUAGUAGCUCCCUCCAAGAGGCAAGUUCUAUGCCUGCAACUAAGGAAGGAGGACAAGGCAAGGACAUGUUGGAAGAGGAAGCCCUGGAGGAGCAGGAGAAUGCUGAUGUGACCCAGAUUAGGACUGGCAGGACCACCAGAAAGGGAGAGACACCCACUCCAGCAGGGUCGACAGUCGGGAGUGCCGUGCUGUGCUCUGCAGAAGUGACUCUCGUGGAGCGACCCUUGGAGGGCUCAACCCUCUGCUCAUCAGAGACUCCCAGGCUUCCUCCUCAGACUGGAGUUGAACUCUCCUCUGUUAGGAGAGACCAGGCUGGGCCUGAAGUUGUCUCCUGCCUUGGUACAUCUACCAUACUUCCCCAAGAGGGUGAGGACAUGAAGGCUUCUGCUAAUUCAGAGACUAUUGUGCCGCUCCCAGAUGCAUCAGAAACUGAGAAACUGCCAAGCACUGUGGAGAUCCCUGCUUCCCUCCCGAGUCCUGUUUCCUCAAGGACCAGAGACACAGGGAGAAGACACGUAUAUGGGAAAGUCUGUACUCAGAGCUGGCUACUUGAGAGCCCAGUGGAGGCAAAGACAGCCCAUAUGGUGGCUCCUAUCUGUGGAACUUCAUCAGGAGUUGGUGCCUCAGAGAUCAUUCCCAAAGCUGCCAGAGGGGUCAUAGCUGAAGACAGCGGAACACAAGGCAAAGGUCCAGAGGGGGGUCUGCCAAAAGCCUCAGAAGCUACUGUCUGUGCCAACAACAGCAAGGUCAGCUCCACUGGGGAGAAGGUGGUAUUGUGGACAAGGGAGGCUGACCGGGUGAUUCUCACCAUGUGCCAGGAGCAGGGCGCGCAGCCGCAUACCUUCAGCAGCAUCUCUCGGCAACUGGGGAACAAGACCCCCGUCGAGGUUUCCCAUCGUUUCCGAGAACUUGUGCAACUCUUCCACACAGCCUGUGAGGCCAGCUCUGAGGAUGAGGAUGAUGCCACCAGCACCAGCAAUGCAGACCAGCUCUCUGACCGUGGGGACCUGCUGUCUGAAGAAGAGCUGGAUGAAUGAAACCCUGGGAAGGUAUGGGUUUCAUCUGCCAAGACCAACCCAACAGCCCUCUGUACAAGGGUGGUUGUACUUGACUCAGAGACCUUGAACCUUGACAGAGCCAGCUGGGGAGACGGCUCUGCGGCCUGUGUCUCUCAGGGACUGCAGUGAAGACCUUACAAACACAUUCUGUAAACAGCAUUGGUGGAGAACGGGGCUUGGCUCUUUUGUGAACUUGCUCUUUUUAAAUGUACAAAUGCAUAUGUCUUGCAGCAAUCCCAACACACUGACUGGGCUCCUGCACCCGGCAGCUUUUAUUACAAAUCAUCUCCCCAAUCCCCUUCCCUGGAACGUCAGUCUGCAAGGCUGUUGCCCUCCUGGUAACACUGGGCCAGGCUGUGUAAGUCCUGCAGCAGCUCCUCCAUGUCGUCCCGCUCCACCCCAGCGUCCAUGAAGCUAGCCCAGCGCCGCAGGUCGAGUCUGGCAAGCUCCUCAGCCAAGUCUCCCAGGGUGUGAUACAAGGAUGAAGAUGAGCGCAAGGCUCCAAACACAGGGAUGCUCUGCACUGCUGGAGAGGGAGAGAAAAGGGUUGACCUGGAGGUGACCUGGAGUCUACUCUGGGCUUGGGAGAUUGUAAAGGCAGCAGUGAAGGCUGUGGUCGGGUGGAAGAACGCUCAGCUGUGAACUUUUUUCUGUUUAGCACUUUUCAUUCAGAGACAAAGAGUAAAACUGCUCAAGUGUUA